AGCCGAGAUCGCACCGGAUGGGUACCGCUCGCGCUUUCCGCAGCGAGGAGGGAUUGAUCCCACUGGGGACUGAGGCGGCGGUUAUGAGUCAGAUUUGAAAAUGCUCCCGUCCUAACUGUCCAGGCAUGAAGCUCGGGCGCGGCUCUUCCCCUUAUGCGACACGGUGUGGAGCGGCAAGAGGAGCCCCGUCCCCCUCGCUUCUUUCGGCGCAGCCGGGGAGGUGGGAGCGGAGAGAGAGGGGCUGCAGCUGCUGAGCACCGGACGGCCCCGCGCCGCCACGUCACCCGGGCGCUUUUCUGUGGAGGUCGCUGGGGCCGGGACUGAGCCGCCACAAGCCCCGUCUAUAGUCAUGUCCUUAUUGCGAUCGUCACCACCACCAUCUGCGAGAGGAUGAGGCGCAGUCUCUGAUCUCUCCGAGGGGACGGGAACAGGGGGUGUCUUUCCUUGGUUCUUCAGCUGCAAUGCCCGGGAUGGGGUUGUGGGGGAAGGAGAGGCAGCAGCCCUUGUUGUCGACGUUGCGGCUCGCCCGCCCGCCACAGCGGCGCGUCCUGGAGCGCCGAAGUGCCCCGGACAGGCUGCAGUUACCCGCUGCCUGAACGAAGGGGCCACCACAACCGAGACAGGCGGGUGAGAGAAUCCGGCGCUCGGCACCAUGGAAGAGCGGCUGAGCCGGUGGCUCCUGCUCCCGCCACUCUUGGCGCUGCUCUUUCUCUUCAUCCUCUACCAAUACGCCUGUCCCAGCGGAGGGUGCCCUAGCGCGCCUGUCGCCUCCCCUCCAGCCGCUUCCCCCUGCGGUGCCGCCUUCUCCUCGGACCUUUUCCCGCGCGGAGGGCACCUGGCCAGUCGGAGGCAGCACCUGCACCGAGAGCCAAGCGGGGCGUCCGGGCUCGUCCUUCGCCUCUCGGGCUCGUCCGGACACAAGUUCCUCUUUGGCAUCUCAGAGCUGUGCCGCCGCGUGCACUUCGACAUGCGGGGCCACGACGUGAUGGUUUUCCUGCACAUCCAGAAAACGGGCGGCACCACCUUCGGGAGGCACCUGGUGCGCAACAUCCGCCUGGAGCAGCCUUGCUACUGCCGCACCGGGCAGAAGAAGUGCACCUGCCACCGGCCCAGAGCAGGAGAAGGCGGCGCCGGCGGAGGAGACAAGGGGGACACGUGGCUCUUCUCGCGCUUCUCCACCGGCUGGAGUUGCGGGCUGCAUGCGGACUGGACCGAGCUCACCAGCUGCGUGCCCGCCGCUAUGGAGCGCAGGGGGGGCUGCCCCGCCAACCACAGCCACUCCAGGAACUUCUAUUACAUCACAAUGCUGAGGGACCCUGUGUCACGUUACUUGAGUGAAUGGAAACAUGUUCAAAGAGGUGCAACAUGGAAGACUUCCCUCCACAUGUGUGACGGGAGGAGUCCGACACCAGAAGAGCUGCCUACAUGUUACCUCGGGGAUGACUGGUCUGGGGUCAGCUUACCAGAGUUCAUGAAUUGUGGUCAUAAUCUGGCUAAUAAUCGGCAGGUGCGCAUGCUGGCAGACCUCAGCCUGGUUGGAUGUUACAAUUUGACCUUUAUGAAUGAGAGUGAAAGAAACACAAUCCUUCUCCAAAGUGCCAAGAACAACUUGAAAAACAUGGCCUUCUUUGGACUCACAGAAUCUCAGAGAAAAACUCAGUAUCUCUUUGAGAGGACAUUUAACCUGGAGUUCAUCUCCCCAUUCACUCAGUACAAUAUCACUCGAGCCUCUAACGUGGAUAUCAGUGAGUCGGUGCGGAAGCGCAUCGAAGAGCUGAACUUCCUGGAUAUGCAGCUGUAUGAAUAUGCCAAAGACCUAUUUCUGCAGCGCUUUCAGUAUGCUAAACAAGAAGAGCAUGAACAAAAUCGCCAAAAGCGACGGGAAGAGCGAAAAAUAUUGCAUGAACGGAAGGUCCACGAAUGGCAAAAAGAGGAAGAAGCAGAAAAAAUAGCUGUUACUGAGGAUUAUAACAGUCAGGUGGAACGGUGGUGAAUUGCCCUUGUCCAAGUGUUCGUAUGCACAGAUACACACACAGACACACAAAUGUAUGUACACACUCAGACACACUGGUACGUCAUUGAACUUAAUUAUUCAGUGGUGAAUAGAUAAGUGGAACUCCUAUUGUUCUGAUAAAUGAAGUAGAGUCUCUCAGCCACCUUU